CAAAAUAACUUAACUGAACGCGUCUUGUUAGUACAUCCUGACAUUCAGAAUGAAAGGAAUUUUGGCUCUUCUUGCGGUUUUCGCAGUUGCUUUGGUGUGCUCAGCUCAAGAGCAGAAAAAAUGCGGUAAGGCUGACGAUUGCAGCGAAACAGAAUGCUGCGUUAUGGAACAACUUGGUCAUUUCCGAAAAGGCAUAUGCAAAAACUUAUCUGAAGAAGGCGAGGAUUGCAAACACGAGGACGAGAGGAUUGAGAUUUUUGGUGGGAAAUUCAUAAAAAAUUGCCCCUGUAAACCUGGUUUAAAAUGCGUAGGGAGAAUCGAGGAAAGCCCAAUUUUCGGAGAAGUUGUCGUGGACUCAAAAUGCCAGAUCCCAGAAGAGCCAUAAGUUUAGACAUCAGUAUUCGUGCAUAACUUAGUAUUAAGUUCACAAUGAAUUGAGACAAUAAUCAUUAAACACGUGAGGAAAAACCAAAAUAUUAAUCUUUAAUAUAAUCUGACGCAAAAAACCUUUUCCGGUCUGAGAACAGAAGAUCUUGGAGUUGAACCGUUCAAAAUAAAGACAGGAAUAACAAUUCUGAUUCGCAUAUGAACUUUGAUGUUUCAUAAGAAAGCAAAAAUUUUACAUUAAUGUUUCAUUGCAGCAGAAGCAUAUAAGUUCAUAUUACUGUGACGAAUUUGAGUUAUGUGGAAAUAUUCUCCAAUAUUUAAAAAUAUGAAAAAAAGAUUGAAAGAAAAAAGAAAAAAAAACAAAACAAAACAAUUUGUUCGAUUAGGAAAGCGAAACAACUUUAACAAGACAACUCGUAUGAAACUUAAUAUGGUCAUUUUGUUUAAUAAAGUACUGUAUAAAAGUU